ACGAGAAAAAGGAAGAACUUUUCCGAGUUUUGUUUUUUUUUUUUUUUUUCCCUCCUCCUCCUUCUCGUUUAAACAAAUAUCGCAGAGAAAGUGUAAAGCACGCAAACGCUUGAAAGGCCGUCUGGGUUGGAAAUGGAAGGGCGAUAGCCGUAAAAAAACAAACAAAAAAAAGCCGUGAAAGAGGAAAGUGGGAAGUAAACGCUGAGGGAGCAGCUCAGGCGCUGUGAGACAUGACAGCGUUAGAGACGGACACGGCGUGAAGCCUGGGGCCUGUUGACAGGAGGCUUUGGGGCGGAAAUAUCUACAAAAGUCAGACUGCAAGCUUUUGACGCGAAGCCGCGGCCGCUGUUUAAUGCAUCGCGCUGCUCCGUGUUACUGCGCCCUAUCCACUUCCUUGACCAUGACAUCAGAGCUGGACUCCAGUUUGACGAGCAUCGACUGGCUUCCGCAGCUGGGGGUGAGCACUCUGCGCUCUGGGAAGGAGAGAGGUGAGAGGAAGCAAGGGAGAGAACGAGACGCUCCUCCAUCCAUCCCUUCUGCCACCACUCCGGCCAACUCCAAAGGGAAGCCGCCGCAUAGCUAUGCCACUCUCAUCACCAUGGCAAUAAGCUCUGCCCCAGAGAAGAAACUGAGUCUGAAUGACAUUUACACAUGGAUCAGUGACGCAUUCCCUUACUAUAGCAGAGCGGGACGAGGCUGGAAGAACUCAAUUCGGCAUAACCUCUCCCUGAAUAAAAGCUUCCGGAAAGUUCCAAGACCACAGAGUGACCCUGGGAAGGGUUCGUACUGGAUAAUAGAUGGACCACUCGACCAGACUCAGCUUAGAGGAGUUAAAAGGUCUUAUACUACAGAGGAGGAAGUGAUGAUGCCUUGUGAAAAAGCUCCACUCACAGAGGACAAAGCACCUGUCAGUCAAGCAGAGUCCCUCCCUCUUCCACCAGACAUCAAAACCACUUUGGCUUCACCACCGUGCAAGUAUCCACCUGCCCCUGUAACCACGGUCCCCGCUGCCCCUCCUCCCUCAGCAGAACCAGCUCUCUGCUUCUCCUUCACCGAUCUGAACCUGCCUGAUCUCUACACCUCCUUUCGGUCGCUCUGUCGCUCCAUGAGAGAGAGAGUCGCCUCACAGUCGGAAGCACCCAGUCUGCUUGCAGUACCCAAUGAGAUUACAGCACUUCACACGCCAACCCUUCCCCCUAUGUCGCCUCACCUCUGUCCCAGCACUAAUCCCAAUACAGUCUCAGUUCCUGGAACUAACACGAGCGCUAACCACACUAACCCUAGUUUUGCUGUAGCACACAGCACACAGGUUAACCCUGAGCUUGACAGGCUGAUGCACAACAACGUUGUUCCUGCUGACUGGUUCAGUAAUGCAGACUCUCUCAGAGAGAGUUUCAGGAUUGCUAGCAGUCUGGAUUGGGCUACCAUUGACCUAACCAGUCACCCUGACCUGGUAGAGAGCAUGCUUCAGGCAGAACACUGUGAUUGGGCACUGGAUCCGGGACUCUUCACCUCGCUCUGUGAUUCGCUCAACCGUUUCUUCUCUCAGAAGGGUCUCGUUGGUUCUUCAUCUGGCAACCAUGCCUCUCUGAGUCAGUUUGCUCCACCUCUUUCCAACAUGCAACCAACUGGUCCUUCAUCACUGGCUAGUUCAACUCAUCCCUCUCCACUGAGUUUCCCCUCUCAGCUUCCUACAUGUAGUGGCGGGCACCCUCUUCAGCCCCUCAGGAAAACCCUGACCCAGACCCAGAGCCCUCAGACCCAAUGCCACACUCCUCAGAGUAACCUCGAACCCCAGCCUGGCACCAGCCAACCUCUGCCUUCCAGUGUUCUGCAAGCGCAACCUUUGAUGCCUAGAAGCAGACCACCAAUGAAGCAACUCCACAGCAACAGCGAAGAGAUCCAGGAUGACUUUGACUGGGAUUCACUAAUCGUGUGAAUAUUUUGUAUCUAAUGACAGGAUUCAUGAACUAAAGUGCAAUUCAGAAUAUUGCAGAAGACAGUUAUUUACCAAUGGAUGACCACUGACAUAUUUUAAAAAUCUUAAAAAAACAGCAAUGUUAUGGUUAAAAUCUUCCAGCUACAAACAGUAGUGUAUUGUUUUAUGCUUGAAGUUUGCUUUCUAGUUUGUAAUACAAUUCAGAGAAGAGUGAUAAAUUACUUGUCUACAAUUACACCUUUUUAAAGUGUACUUGAAUUUGUAUUUUUUUUCUUGCUUAAUAAUUAAAUGAACUGGGAUGCAUUGUGUUUAGGCGAUGUGGGCUUCUUCAGUGUAAAUGACUGAAUAAUUGACUGAGUUUUUAUUAUUUCUAAUUCAGAAAUAUUGAUUCCCUGAAACUGGUCAACACAUUAGCUAAUUCAAAAUAACCCAGUAGAAUCUGCCAUUUUGUGUUCCAUUUUACUUAAAUAGUUUCAAUAUUUUAUGCUUCUAUUCAAAAUAAAAGUAGUACAAAAAUGCA